AUGGCGCAGGAAGAUAAUUCACAUCGGCCUACGCGCCUGCGCCUCGAAAUUUCCUCAGAUGCCUCAUCUCCAGAUGAAGUCGCCGUCGUAAGCCCACCAGAAGGACUACGUCCGCAAUCACGUCCAUCUCUACACACUGCUGGAGCCAGCGAAGACACUAUACGGGCCACGCCUCCCAUAGACAUCCCCACCGCCGCCGACGACCCAUCCACCGCCGACGAUGGUGAUCCAUCAUUCGUGGAGCGCUUCAUGCGCACCCGGAAGCCCUCGGUCAGCUUCAAUACUGAGGUGAAACUGGAGUCCGGUCAACGUCAAAGCAUGGACGAGCCGCUCAAGAAACCUGCGAGGGAUCGCGCGAGAGGGCGCUCACUACUACAGGUGCUUGCUGACGAGAGGCCCCGCUCCCGCGCUCAUAGCGAAGGUGAUCGGACUAAAUACGAUCCUGUGACUGGUAGACAUCUUCCUCAGUACUCUGCGUCGCCUCCACGGGAGCAGCCUCAUGUCGGAGAAGCUCGAUUCCCAAUGCUGCAAGAAACGGUCGACGCUAUGGCAAGAGAAUCUCACAACAAUGCCGCUUUACCUAUGUCCCUGACAUCCGAUUCUACCUUGUCCCCAACAGAAGAAGUGAGAACUCCAAAUGAUGCAGAACCUGCUACCUUCCCGGGGCAUGCCGCCUUCUCCUACGAUGAGCCCAAGGCCUUUCGUCGGACAGCUUCCCAACGGUGGCGCGAAAGCCAGAACAACGGAACCUCUACCGACUUCUUUUCUCGCGCAGGGAGUCUGCGAGAUGCUAGUGGCGGUAGCCUCAGUCGCGCGUUCAGCAGUCCGCGGCUCUCUCGACGCGACACUGCCGGCUCAACGAGAUCGCCCCGAUCCGCUGCCUCCUCAUAUCUUCGUGCAUUCUCCAUAAGUAGCAGCAACGAUGGUGACACCAACGAUGGGCCUCCACCGGCAGUUGAUGCCGAGGGCCAAACCAUUGGUGAAGAUUAUGUUUUAGGCAAACAAAUCGGGUUCGGAGGCUUCUCUGUCAUCAAAGAAGUCAUUGCUGGAAACUCGCAGCGCAAGCUAGCCGUCAAAAUUGUGCGUCGGCAGGUCGAGGGCAAAUCCGAGGCUGAGAAUGAACAAGUUCAAGCAGAGUUUGAACACGAGGUCGAGCUUUGGCGCUUUCUCGACCAUCGGCACAUUCUGCCCCUAGAGGCCGUCUACAAAUUUGACGAAGCUACCUUCUGCUUCAUCCCUCUCAGCACGGGAGGCACUUUAUUUGACCUUGUUCGGACAAAUCGACAAGGUGUAUCUGCAAACCUGGCUGCAGAGUAUGCUUACCAGAUCGGAUCUGCGCUACGCUACCUCCAUCUGGACGCUCGAGUGGUCCACAGAGAUAUCAAAUUAGAGAAUUGUCUGUUGGAUCGCGAUCCGAGAAAGCCUAACGGUCCCGGACUUGUUCGACUGUGCGACUUUGGUAUGGCAGAGUGGCUGUCCAAGGACUACGGUGAAGGUAAUUCCUCACCACCUUCACCGAAUAUCAACAAUUUCGAUCGGCCUCCCCAAAAGCACAUCGGGCCCGCUGAUAGCUCGACAUCGGCAUUUGCAGGCGGUAGUCUGGAGUAUGCUGCUCCUGAAAUCCUGCGGCUGUCGAGGAAACUAUCUUCGCAAUCCGAGGAGACACGAAGCGGUGCUGCUGAGCGCGCUAUUGUAUCACCGGCUGUUGACGUCUGGGCCUUCGGUGUUUGUAUAUUUUCUCUUGUUGUCGGGUCCCGCCCUUUCCAAAACACCUUCCAGCCCAGGGUUGUCAUGGCGAUUUUAGCUGGUGAUUGGGACGUGGAACGGCUGGCCCUCAAAGGUGGUGACGAUGUUGUUGAGUGUGUCAAAGGCUGCCUGGAGAUGGAAGAGGCAGAUCGGUGGGAUAUCAGCCGCGCUCUUGAAUGCGCCUGGCUUUAUGGCAUAACGAGCGACAGUGACGAAGAAAGCGCAUGGAAGCUCUAA